CUUCACCCGGGCCUGCUUACUCCGCCCCUGUUAAGGCCUCCUUCGGGGUGGCCACCGGGCUGGCCAGCGGGGCGAUGGCGGAACGAAAGGGGACGGCCAAAGUAGACUUUCUGAAGAAAAUUGAAAAAGAAAUCCAACAGAAAUGGGACACUGACAAAGAAUUUGAAGUCGAUGCACCUGAUUCGGGAAGCCAGGCCAGUCUUCACAGCAAGGGAAAGUACUUUGUCACUUUCCCAUAUCCCUACAUGAAUGGACGGCUUCACUUGGGGCACACAUUUUCAUUAUCUAAAUGUGAGUUUGCGGUAGGCUAUCAGAAGUUAAAAGGAAAACGGUGCUUGUUCCCCUUUGGCCUACACUGUACGGGAAUGCCUAUUAAGGCAUGUGCUGAUAAAUUGAAAAGGGAAAUGGAGCUCUACGGUUGCCCCCCUGAAUUCCCCGAUGAAGAGGAGGAGGAGGAGGAAGCCGCUCUUAAAAAAGACGACGUGAUUAUCAAAGACAAAGCAAAAGGGAAGAAGAGUAAAGCAGCUGCCAAAGCUGGAUCUUCCAAGUACCAAUGGGGAAUCAUGAGAUCUCUUGGCCUAACGGAUGAAGAGAUCGUCAAAUUUUCAGAGGCGGAACACUGGCUCGAUUACUUUCCACCACUGGCUAUUCAAGAUCUGAAAGGCAUGGGGUUGAAGGUAGACUGGCGUCGUUCUUUCAUCACUACUGAUGUUAAUCCCUUCUAUGACUCCUUUGUUAGGUGGCAAUUUUUGACCCUGAGAGAAAGAAACAAAAUCAAAUUUGGGAAGAGGUAUACAAUUUAUUCUCCAAAAGAUGGGCAGCCGUGUAUGGAUCACGACAGACAAACUGGCGAGGGAGUUGGGCCCCAGGAAUACACUUUAAUAAAAAUGAAAGUGAUGGAACCCUAUCCCUCCAAAUUGAGUGGCCUGAAAGGGAAGAAUAUUUUCUUGGUGGCUGCAACUCUCAGACCCGAGACCAUGUUUGGACAGACGAACUGUUGGGUGCGCCCAGAUAUGAAGUAUAUUGGAUUUGAGACCGCGAACGGUGAUAUCUUCAUCUGUACCCAGAGAGCUGCCAGGAACAUGUCUUACCAGGGUUUUACCAAAGACAAUGGGGUGGUACCUGUGGUUAAAGAGCUAAUGGGAGAGGAAAUUCUUGGGGCAAACUUGUCGGCUCCUUUAACAUCAUACCAAGUGAUCUACGCUCUGCCGAUGCUCACAAUUAAAGAGGACAAAGGCACUGGGGUAGUCACAAGUGUCCCCUCUGAUUCGCCUGAUGAUAUUGCUGCAUUGAGAGACUUAAAGAAGAAGCAGGCUUUUAGAGGGAAGUAUGGAAUCAAAGAUGAAAUGGUCCUGCCUUUUGAGCCGAUACCAAUCAUUGAAAUCCCAGAACUUGGAAGCCUCCCUGCUCCAACUAUUUGUGAUGAACUGAAAAUCCAGAGCCAGAAUGACCGAGAAAAACUCGCAGAGGCCAAGGAGAGGGUCUAUCUGAAAGGAUUUUAUGAAGGUGUAAUGCUGGUGGAUGGAUUCAAAGGGCAGAAGGUUCAAGAUGUCAAGAAGACUAUUCAGAAGAAGAUGGUUGACAAUGGUGAAGCACUGAUCUACAUGGAGCCCGAGAAACAAGUGAUCUCUAGAUCUGCGGACGAAUGUGUCGUGGCUCUGUGCGAUCAGUGGUACUUAGAUUAUGGAGAGGAAUGCUGGAAGAAGCAGACAUCCCAGUGCUUGAGGGAUUUGGAGACAUUCUGUGACGAGACUCGGAGGAAUUUUGAAGCCACCCUAGCUUGGCUACAAGAACACGCCUGCUCCAGAACUUACGGUUUAGGUACCCGUUUGCCUUGGGACGAGCAGUGGCUCAUCGAAUCUCUCUCCGACUCCACUAUUUACAUGGCAUUUUAUACGGUCGCACACUUGCUGCAAGGGGGUCACUUGCGUGGACAAGGAGAAUCUCCUCUUGGCAUCAGGGCUGAGCAAAUGACAAAGGAAGUGUGGGAUUAUAUUUUCUUCAAGCAAGCUCCUUUCCCCAAGACCCAGAUUCCAAGAGGAAAGCUAGACCGAUUGAAGCAGGAGUUUGAAUCCUGGUAUCCCGUGGAUCUGCGAGUAUCGGGCAAGGAUCUCGUUCCCAACCACCUGUCGUACUACCUCUACAACCACGUGGCCAUGUGGCCCGAAGAGAGUGACAAAUGGCCGAUAGCUGUGAGAGCCAACGGACACCUCCUCCUGAAUUCUGAGAAGAUGUCGAAAUCCACUGGCAACUUUCUCACCCUCUCUCAAGCUAUUGACAAAUUUUCUGCCGAUGGCAUGCGCCUAGCCCUCGCCGACGCGGGUGACACCGUCGAAGAUGCCAAUUUUGUGGAAGCCAUGGCAGACGCUGGCAUUCUCCGCCUCUACACCUGGGUCGAGUGGGUAAAAGAAAUGAUGGCCAACCGGGACAGCCUUCGAAGCGGACCCGCCAGAACAUUCAAUGAUCGGGUCUUUGCUAGUGAAAUGAAUUUAGGCAUCAUAAGGACCGAUCAGAACUAUGAGAAAAUGAUGUUCAAAGAAGCCCUGAAAACCGGAUUUUUUGAGUUUCAGGCAGCAAAAGACAAAUACCGCGAAUUGGCAAUAGAGGGGAUGCACGGAGAUCUGGUGUUCCAGUUCAUUGAAGCUCAGACACUCCUUUUGUGUCCCAUCUGUCCUCAUUUGUGUGAGCACAUCUGGGCCCUCCUUGGAAAGCCGACCUCAAUCAUGAAAGCCACAUGGCCCGCGGCGGGCCCCGUGGAUGAAGUCUUGAUCCGCUCGUCCCAGUACCUCAUGGAGGUGGCUCACGACCUGCGGUUGCGCCUCAAGAACUACAUGCUGCCGGUGAAAGGAAAGAAGACUGACAAGCAGCCGCCCCAGAAGCCUUCCCACUGCACCGUUUACGUGGCCAAGAACUAUCCACCGUGGCAACACGUCACCCUGUUGGUCCUGCGCCGCCAUUUUGAGGCCAACGAAGGAAAACUUCCAGAUAACAAGGUGAUCGCCACUGAACUGGGUGCCAUGCCAGAGCUGAAAAAGUACAUGAAGAAGGUGAUGCCGUUUGUGGCCACGAUAAAGGAAAAUCUGGAGAAGACAGGACCCCGAGUUCUGGAUCUAGAGCUGGAAUUCGAUGAGCAGGCAGUGCUCAUGGAGAACAUCGUGUACCUCACCAAUUCCCUCGAGCUGGAUCAUAUUGAAAUCAAGUCUUCCUCCGAAGCGGAGGAUAAAAUCAAAGAGGAGUGCUGCCCUGGGAAACCUCUGAACGUGUUCAGAACAGAACCUGGGGUGUCUUUGCUUUUGGUGAACCCCCAGCCUUCCACUGGACACUUCUCUGCCACAGUCGAGGUGAGGCAAGGAGAUGGCAGAGAUGCGCUAAUCAGGCGCCUGAUGAAGAUGAACCGAGGGAUCAAAGACCUCUCCAAAGUGAAACUGAUGCGAUACGACGACCCCGUUCUGGGCCCACGACGCGUGCCCGUCCUGGGAAAAGAAGACCUGAACAAGACUGCAAUUUCCGAGCAAGCCGUUUUCCACGUGGACCUGGCCAACAAGAAAAUCCACCUCACGGAGAACGGGCUGAGGGCCGACGUCGGCGACACCAUCAUCUAUCUAGUGAAUUAAAGGGCAUACGGACCCGGAAUGCCGUUCGGCUUGGCCGAUCGGAUUCGGGAGAACCCCAGAGCGGACCGAGAGACGGGCAAUUCCUAAACACCGAAACGUGCACGUGAUGCCGCCUCGACCGUUUUUGAAACCCGGACGUAAUAAAGUGUAUUUUUUUUGUUUGGCUC